GGCAUCUCACACUUGUCAGUGCGCGUUGAAGAUAGUUCUUUUCCAGCAUACUUUAUAGAAGACAACUUGGACCUUUAAAGGAUUGUAUCAUCUGAUAUAAACUACUGUUUGGAGUAAACGUGGAAUGAAAAUCCUCAGAGAUACUCAGACCAUUAAAAUGGACAGAAAGCUGUUAAAACCUCAGGUAGAAAGACAAAGAAGAGAAAGGAUGAAUCGGAGUCUGGAGAGCCUGAGAACACUGCUUCUGCAAGGCCCUGAGCAUAAUAGUCCCACUCAAAGGAGAAUAGAGAAAGCAGAGAUCCUGGAAUACACCGUCCUGUUUUUGCAAAACUCUGUCGCUCGGGCCAAGAAAGCAACAGAUGUGAAAGGAGGAGAAAAGCGUCAGUUUAUGGACGGCUUUUCAUCGUGUCUUCAGAACGCGGCCCGCUUCCUGUCAGGUGAAGGUAAGGCCCAUGGACUGGAUGGUUCAGUAACUGCUAUACUGUGUCAGCGUCUGACCCAGCCAUGUGUGUCACCCACCAUCCGAGUGCCUGUCAGAAUCCAGAACUCGUCCAGAAAGCAGGUUCCAGAUUCAAAUGCACAGCAUCAUCUGCAGCAGAACUCUGUCUGCAAACAAGGACUUGCAACAGCUUGCAGAAAUGUUUUGCCACAUCUGAACAGGAUUCCAUUCAGAAGCACAGACUCCAACACACUGCAUUCGACAUCCCCACCAGCCUCUCAACACCAGACACCAGUCAGCCAGGCAGUCUGGAGGCCUUGGCCUUGAGACACAUUUACAGAGAAAUGGACUCAAUAUACUGGGCUUGUGUAAUCAUUAAACAUGGUUCAUCUCUUUUAAAUUAUAGGUCGCAGAGAGACAUGUUUAUUUCCAAAAAUGUUGUGUAAUGAUUUUAUCAUUUGACAUCACGUUGGAUUUGUAAAAUGUGUAAAUAGUGUAUGAUAAAUUAUGCAAUAUAUUUUUUACACAGAUUUUUUUUUUGGUCUUUUUUUUCUUUUUUGCAUGAUAUGUACUGGGUGUAUGAUCAUCUGUAAUACAUAGCCGAUGUAUGUAUUCUUCUAUUUUGCACAUUUAUUUAUUCAUGACAUUCCCUUUUUAUAGUUGUAUAUUUGGGGGAUUGAAACAUACAUUCCAUCAUUAAAAUUUUAAAAUGAAAAA